GAGAUCCAGCCAAAGCAGGAAGUCGUCAUCAUUGCGUUCCCGCGAAGGUUUGCACACGAUGAAAUCUCAGUUCAUAAUGAGCAAGAGGAAAGUGAAAGAUGCCCAUCUGCCUGUAGGAGAAUGCAUCACCCAGGUUCAUCAGAUUUUGAGGCGGCGUUUCUGCCAUCAGCAGCUCCCUGACAGACCACAGGGAGUGGAAGCUCAACACAAACACCUCGCGGAGCUGCUGAAACGAACGGCUGUCCACGGGGAGAGUAACUCUGUGCUAAUAGUCGGUCCCAGAGGAGCUGGAAAAACCACGCUGCUGAAGUGUGUGCUGAGGGAGCUGAUGAAGGAAACAGAAGUGCACAAAAACCUCCUUCAGGUUCAUCUCAACGGUCUGCUGCAGACAGACGACAGAAUAGCCCUGAAAGAAAUUACCCGACAACUCCACCUGGAGAAUGUCGUUGGUGACAAAGUGUUUGGAAGUUUUGCAGAAAAUUUAGCUUUUCUCCUGGACGCAUUAAAAAAAGGUGAGCGCAGCAGCAGCCGUCCGGUUCUGUUCGUUCUGGAGGAGUUUGACCUUUUCGCCCAUCAUAAGAACCAGACCCUGCUCUACAACCUGUUUGACGUCUCCCAGUCCGCCCAGGCGCCCAUCGCUGUGGUCGGCCUCACGUGUCGACUGGAUGUCCUUGAGCUGCUGGAGAAGCGGGUGAAGUCGCGGUUUUCCCACCGUCAGAUCUACCUGCUGAGCAGCCUGACAUUCACUCAGUACCUAGAGCGUGUCCAAACGCAGCUCAGCCUGCCGGGCGACUUCCCGGACAGGAAGUUUGCUCAGGAGUGGAAUGCCAGCAUAACGACUCUCUGUGAAGACAAGUCUGUUGAGGACGUUUUGCAGAGACACUUCAACUCCAGUAAAGACUUCCGCUCUUUGCACUUGCUGCUGAUGUUGUGUCUGAGCCGCGUAUCGGUCUCCAAACCCGUCAUCAAACAGGCCGACCUCCUGGACGCCAGUCGUUUGUGUUCAGCCGACUCCAAGGCCAACAUGCUCCACGGUUUGUCAAUCUUGGAGCUGUGUCUGAUCAUCGCCAUGAAACACCUCAACGACGUCUACGAAGGAGAGCCGUUCAACCUCCAGAUGGUCCACAACGAAUUCAAGAAGUUCCUUCAGAGGAAGUCGAGCUCCAUGUACAACUACGAGCAGCCUGUCAUCAUGAAGGCCUUCGAGCAUCUGCAGCAGCUGGAGCUGAUCCGACCGGCCGACGCCUCCUCGGCCAAAGUCCAGGGGGAGUUUCAGCUGAUGAGACUCAUGCUGGACCACGGUCAGAUCAUGGAGGCGCUGCAGAAGUACCCACAAUGCCCCACUGACGUCAAGCAGUGGGCCAUGUCGGCGUUUGCCUAGAUGAAGACGUUCAUCACAACUUAACAGUUUGCUUUAAUGCUGAUUGUAAAUAAAAAAAAUUCUUCCAAUUA